CCUGAGUCUGUUGAGCCCCAUCAACGCCUGAAACCACCUUGCUGAGCAAGUUAGCGUAAUCAGAUCGGAAAGCAGAAGUCUGUAAUCAUGGUGAAAGGAUUGAUGUCAGUGCUUUUGGUCCUGGUGGCUGUCUCCUCCAGCUUUGGAAAACCUGAAAAAAAUGGUUCUGCCAAAAAAGAGAAGAAAUCUCCAGAGACUCUGUCCAGAGGGUGGGGUGAUGAGCUCACUUGGACGCAGACCUAUGAAGAAGCUUUGUUCAGAUCCAAAUCAAGCAACAAACCCCUUAUGGUCAUCCAUCAUUUGGAGGAUUGCCCCCACAGUCAAGCUAUGAAGCAAGUUUUUGCAAAUAACAAAGACAUUCAGACGAUGGCUGGAGAGGACUUCAUCCUGUUGAACCUUGUGUUUGAAACUUCAGACAAGAACCUUGCCCCAGAUGGUCAGUAUGUGCCCAGAAUCAUCUUUGUUGACCCGUCUCUGACUGUGAGAGCUGACAUAACUGGAAGAUAUGAAAACCGUCUCUAUGCUUAUGAACCUGCAGACCUUGAUCUGUUGCUUUCCAACAUGAAUAAAGCCAAGAAGCUGCUGAAAAAUGAAUUAUAAGAGGAGGAAGCUGCGUAACCUCUGAGAUCCCUGGAAUUCCUCAUGCCAGGAUUUGUCUAGCAGCACCCAGCCUGGGCAGUUUAUUGCUGCAACAUUAAGCACUGGUGUAUUACAUGUUUUCAGAAUGCUUGUCAAAGGUGUGCUUAAAAUAUGCAAAAAUACAGUAGUUAAGUGCUUUAUUAAAAUUAGCUGUUAUCAAACUGAUACGUCUCAUUCUUA